AGACUGCUGAAGCACAGUAAACCAGGUCAGGUGUAUGUAGUUGUUUGCGAUGUGGUCAGUACGGGGAUUCCCUACAGCGACACAUUCUCUGUAAAAUCUCACUACUGUUUAUCAAAAGUUGCCAGCAAUCAGUGCAGACUUUGUGUCCAUGGCAACAUUCAAUACAAGAAGUCUGUCUGGGGACUUGUGAAAUCUCUUAUAGAAAAAAGUGCUAUUCAAGGACUACAGGAUUUCUGUGCUGACUUAGAGGUCGCUCUCAACAAAGAAGCCGACUUGAUGGAUCAGCAAACAAAGAAGAAACGGCAACGUCGCAAGCGAGGCAAGAUUGUGGACUUUUCCAAAGUAGAUUCUCUUAGCAGAUUACAAACUCAGACCUAUAUCAAGAAAUUAUCUUCUUACUUACCAGGAUUAGAAAGUGAAACUUUUAGGCCUUCUUCGGAUCUUAUCACUAAAGUUAUUCUGACCACGUAAGUUAUUUUACAUUGCCAAGGA